AAUAAUGAAAAUAAUAAACACGAGUAAAAAAACAACAAUCCUACCGGACCAAACCAAAAAGUAUUGUGUUUGCAGCAACUCGCUUUUUAUCACUCGCCUUUUUUAUUUGAUACAUUUUAGCCACUAUACAGCAAUGUCAGAAUCGGAAGAAAACAGUGCCUGCGUUGCUGAGAGCAGAGAUUCCGACGGUGAACCAAAGCAAACAUCCCAAAGCGAGGAUGGUGAAACUGGCGAAAAGCAUAGUGCGAUCGUCGCCUCACAUUACAACAAACUCGAGGAUCGAGGGCUAGUGGCGAGGAAAAAGUCAAACAUCUAUUUUAUGCGAAACUUUAACAACUGGAUCAAGAGCUGUACAAUAGAGAAGUACACGGCACUGGUGAAGGGAAAGACUACCCUGGGCUCACCGUUCCGGGUGUUGGAUAUGUGCUGUGGGAAGGGUGGCGAUCUGAUCAAAUGGUCCAACGCGAGCGUAACGCAUCUGAUCUGCACGGACAUAGCGCAGGUUAGCCUGGAGCAGUGUGAGAACCGCUUCAACACCAUGUACCAAAGGGAGCGAGACUUUCAGCGGAAGCCGAAGGUGGAAUUUUUCGCCGCCGACGCAACGCUUCAGCAGCUGCGAACCAAGUAUCACGAUCCUUCGAUCAAGCUGCAUCUGGUGAGCUGCCAGUUUGCGUUCCACUACUCGUUCGAAUCGUUCAAGCAGGCGGACUGCAUGAUGAAGAAUGCGGCCGAAUGUCUGGACGAAGGAUUCUACUUCAUUGGCACGAUCCCGGACGCGAACGAGCUCAUGAAGCGGCAGCGCAGGGCAAUGUCGGACACGUUCGGGAACGACAUCUACCGCAUCCAGUUCCUGUGCGAUACGGACAAUCCACCACUGUUCGGUGCCAAGUACAACUUCCAGCUGGAUGAUGUAGUGGAUUGUCCCGAGUUUUUGGUGCAUUUCCCCACGUUCGAAAAGCUGGCGCUGAAGCACGGGCUGCGGCUGGUGGAGAAGAAACGGUUCGAGGAGCUGUUCGAUGAACAUAGCAGCCGCAGGCAGGGAUUGCUGGAGAAGAUGCAAGCACUAGAAACGUAUCCACCGCCUCCGAACGCUCGGUUUAAUGCCGGCGAGCAACCGAAGGAACCGGAGCAAUAUAAACACGCCGAAGAGUUCGGCAGGCAGAUGUCCAGCCACCAUCAGUUCCGGGUGGGCACUCUUUCGCACCAAGAGUGGGAAGCGGCAACGCUUUAUCUAUUUUUCGCAUUUCAAAAAAUGAAGACAACCUACGACGCGAAAGGUAGACCGGUGUAUUCCUGAGAGCCGCGCGGCACCGUCGUGGCGAACCUCGCUACUGAAUCUAAUCGUGUAAUUGAACAAUAAACCAAUUUUAAGAGCAACUUUGUAUAAGCGCUGCAAUACCACGGCGCGCCAAUCGUUGAA